AUGAUUAUGGUGCCUGAGAGCGAAUAUCUUACGCUUUUAGGCAUGAUUAAAGGUGGGGACUUUCUACAAAAAGAGAAGACACAAACAGAUGUAGAUAUUAUGAAAACCCUCGAUGAUCCGAAAAUUUCGGAAGAUUUAAAAGCAAAGAAAUAUAAUUGGUUAUAUAAGAAGAGGCGUCAGCUCAAAAAUGAGUUGGAAAAUCGCCCACAAAAAGUUAUUAUCGAUGAAGGCAAACCUUCUCCAGAAGUUGCACCAUACUUGCAGGAAAACAUCGCUAAUACACCAAAACCAAAGUUAGUUCCCAGCAAAAUUCAACUGAAUUCUACCUCUGAAUAUCAGUCUGACUCUGAAGUUACUCCUAAGUUGCCGCGAGCAAAGAGAAAAAGUGCAAUUCCUUUUUCCAAAUUCAAGGGUAUUAUUGCACCACGCUAUUCCACAGAAUUGGAUAAUUAUGUAAAAGAUAACGCAGAAAAAUUCAGAAUAAGUAAGAACGGGAGUUUUGAGGCUAAUGUCCCUGGAAGACUUGUAAAGAAUAGCAAUUUCACAGAUGUUCUCGAAUAUGUAAAGGGUGAGACAUCAUCUCCCCCAAAAGGUUUCAGUUUUCUUUUUAAUCGUCUUUCUAAGGACCCAUUAGUGAAAGAAAUGAUUAAAGAGACGCGUGGAGAAAGUACUAAUGAAGGUAGUACAACCGAUAAUCAAUCAGGUAGCGGGAAAAGAAGAAAAAAAGUUUUAGUUAAAGUCUUGCCUAUAAAUUCACCAGGAUUAGUAAGAAGAAAAAAUAAAUUUAUUCCACAAAUAUGGGAAAAGCUUUAG